CGCCGUACUUUAUCAUUAAGAGAAGCUAAAACCGGUUUGUGAUCCAACGCGACCAUCGGUAAAUAUUCCGUGAAAGAAUUAGUAAACAUGUCAUGCCACUCCUUAUUGACUAGGGCCCUAUCUAGCUGACACCUGAUCGGCUUUUUGUCCUGCCAACCCCGCCAAGAAAGAUUAUCUCCAAUAGCUGGAAACUCAAGUAAACCACAAUUUCGAAUCAUUGUAUUAAAAGGCACAAAUGAAGAAGCAUGACGUAAUUUUCCCCCACUUAAUCACUCUGUUUUCAAAUCUUUGGUUUAGGCUUCUACAAACCAAAGUGUCGCAGAUUUGAGAUUACCCGGUCAAUUUGCAUAUGUUGCUAUCGCAUCUAUCAACAUUUCGGGAAUUAUCGGAGUGAUGGUACAGGUCGCUUGGCAGGUUCUUAUUAUCUUCAUCCCUUUCGUUGCUGCAUGUGCCUGGUAUCGGCAAUAUUACAUAUCCGCAGCUCGAGAACUUGCAAGAUUAGCUGGAAUAAGCAGGUCUCCUAUGGUACAUCAUUUUUCUGAAAAACUUUCAGGGAUAACAACGAUCAGGAGCUUUGACCAAGAACCAAGAUUCCGUGGUGAAAUCAUGAGACUUUGCGAUUGUUUUUCUCGGCUGCGGUUCCAUUCGUACGGUGCAAUGGAAUGGCUCUGUUUCCGCCUUGAUCUCUUAUCCACUGUCGCAUUUGCUUGUUCACUUGUUAUCUUAGUUUCUGCCCCUGAAGGUGCCAUUAAUCCUAGCUUUGCAGGUUUGGCGGUUACAUAUGCUCUCAAUCUAAAUAGACUGCAGUCCACUUUAAUCUGGACGCUUUGCGAUCUAGAAAACAAAAUGAUAUCUGUGGAGAGAAUGCUUCAAUACAUAAAUAUCUCCAGUGAACCACCUCUUGUUAUUGAAUCAAUUCGGCCUGAGAAAUCGUGGCCUUCUCGUGGAGAGAUUACAAUCUGUAAUCUGCAGGUGCGACACGGGCCACAUUUGCCUAUGGUGCUACAUGGACUGACAUGCACUUUUCCAGGAAGUCUAAAAACUGGAAUAGUUGGAAGAACAGGAUGUGGCAAAUCCACUCUAAUUCAGACCCUUUUUAGGAUUGUGGAACCCGCAGCUGGAGAAAUCAGGAUAGAUGGAGUAAACAUCUUGACCAUUGGGCUGCAUGACCUGCGUUCCAGACUAAGUAUCAUACCUCAAGAUCCAACUAUGUUCGAAGGCACGGUUCGUAAUAACUUGGAUCCUCUUGAGGAAUACACUGAUGACCAAAUCUGGGAGACACUUGACAAGUGUCAACUUGGAGAUGAAGUAAGGAAGAAAGAACUAAAGCUAGAUUCCCCUGUUAGUGAGAAUGGACAGAACUGGAGUGUUGGUCAGAGACAACUGGUAUGUCUGGGAAGAGUCUUGCUCAAGAGAAGCAAAGUAUUGGUUCUUGAUGAGGCCACUGCUUCUAUCGAUACCGCUACUGAUAAUCUGAUCCAGGAGACUCUGAGGCAACAAUUUUCGGAUUGUACAGUGAUAACAAUCGCACACAGAAUAUCUUCUGUUAUAGACAGCGAUAUGGUCCUGCUCCUAGACCAAGGUCUUAUCAAAGAGCAUGAUUCACCGGCGAGAUUGCUUGAAGACAGGUCGUCAUUAUUCUCAAAGCUUGUGGCGGAGUACACAGCGAGUUCUGAUUCCAGAUCCAAAAGAAACUGUUAGAACCAAAGAUCCAUAAAAACGGGACCAAACAAGUUUGUUUACCGUCUUGCCUUUGUCGUGUUUCUAUUUUAUUUGUGAUCAGACGUUUGCGCUCUACUUUUAAUUAGCUGAUGAAACUUCCAUGAAAGUGGCAUAAUUGAA